AUGUUCAGACAAUUAAGAUUACAAACUAUUGCUAAACCUUUAAUCAAUGUUAGAUAUUUUUCUAGCACCUUGGUCAGACCAAAUUCUCAAUUGAAACAAAUCUUAAAAAACGAAUUAAGUUCAUCCCAAUCCAUUCCAAAUAAAUUAUCUGAAAUCCAUGAAACUUUCAUUCAAGAUUCAAGUUUCAAGAUUAAUUCCACUCCAGGUAAAUCAUUAGUUGAAAUGGUUAAAUCCGUUAAUGACCAAAACAUCUCUGUUGUUUUCGACAUUGACGAAAUCACUGAUUUACCUAUCGAUUCAGAAAUUUUUGAAGAUCAAGAAUUAGAUGAUUUAGAAAUUGAUAACUACUUAUCUACUGUUAAGAUUUUAGUUUCUAAACCUGAUAACUCCGGUAUUUUCUUAAACUUAUUAUUCCAAGGUGAUUCAUUUAUGAUUGAUUACAUCAAUUCCACCAACAAUGCUGUUGAAUUGAAACAAAACUUAUUGAGUGGAGAAUUUGUUGAUAAAGUUAACUACCAAGGACCAAGAUUUUCUGAAUUAGAUGAAAGUUUACAAUUAGGAUUUGAAAGUUGGUUAAAUGAAUUAGGAAUCAAUGAUGAGUUAGCUAACUUUAUCAUUGGUUUCAGUGAAAUUAAAGAAGAAGAUGAAUACAGAAAGUGGUUAAGUGACUUAAGUGGAUUCUUUUAA